ACGAUAGCUUUUAAUAAUGUAUGAUAAAAUGUUAUCAAUAACAAAAGAAACUUUUAAAUUAACUCAAAGGCAACGAACCAAUCCAGUCUUUAUCAGUUCCUUUAUACGUGAAAAUUAUCACUUUAAAAUCUGGUCAAGCUCACGUUUUCCUUAUAAAAAAUAUCAUUGGAAAACAAAGUCAGUUCCCGAAACUUCUAAACCAAAAAAAAUAUCUCGGCAGAAAGUUCCUUUGAAAGUUACUAAAGAAGAAAAAAGUAAAGAUGUGCAAAUACUAAAGUCUUCUGAAGUAUCAAAACAUAAAAUUGUUAAACGCUUUCAAAAAAAGGAAUUAACUCAAUCUACGCCAGAUAUAAAGGAACCUGAAAUCGAAUUAUCAGACAUUGUUGAAUUAUCUAAAUCUACACAAUUACAAGUAGGAGAUUUUGUAGAUGUGCGAAGGUAAAUGUGGAUUAUUAUAUUAUCAUUUGCCAAAAUAUUUAUUUCAUACCAUUUAAUUACUGAAUAUUAUAAAGG